AUGGAACUACGUGCAAAGCAGCUGGAAUGGGAGAGGCUUCUGCUGGAGCAGGAGGUGGAGCAGCUCAUCCUGGAGCAGAGUGCAGAGGAACAGUACUUGCAGCUCGUAACUGUUGCUGUGCUCGUGGCCCUUGCCUUGGUCCUAUGCUUUAUGAAGUGGAAAAGGAGCCUGAGGAGGGAGGAGAACAACGAAGGAAAUAAUGGUGCAAAUGAAGAGGAAGCGAGAAAUGGGGAUGCAAAUGGAGAAGAAGCUGUUGGAAACGAAGAAGACAAUGCGAAUCGGGAGGAAGACAACAACGAUGAUGGCAAUGUACAGGAAGUGGGCAAUGCUGCUGCAAAUGAGGCAGAUAAUGAUGGAAAUGAAGUUGUCAAUGAGGCCGCAAAUGCGGAAAACAAUGACGACGUUGCAAAUGUAGUCCAAGAAGAAGAGAAUGAUAUUGAGGAUAUCACUGGUGCAGUUGUGAUGGAGCGCAUCCAGUGGCCUAUACAGGACCUGCAGAGAGGCUGUGAGUGGACAACUGCCCUGAUGGACAAUUAUACCAUCUGGUUUGCUCGUGUCUUGUCAACCAGUUUCUACCCAGUCCUGCAACGAGCCAUCGGGGUGGGCAGCGCCUUUGAAGGCUGGAGUCCCCGUGAGCAGGAUGUUGUGUACCGCGUGCUCAUACCCAUGACUCCUCCCCGAGGCCACAGCUUCCACCUGGAGCUGGACACUGCAGGGCACACGCAGGUGAGGAACUUCCGUGUGCGCGUGCAGCUGGAGUGCACCUGCACGAGGGAGCAGCAGGGCGAGAACAUGCUGUGCUUCCUGCACCACCCCGAGGAAGAGCUGAGGAGGAAUCAGGAUCCCAGCCUCCUGGACACCCUGUGCACCGGCUCCUACCUCGACGUGCAGAAAACUGCCCGCUGGCUCUACCAACUGGUGAGAGCAAUCUGGCCAGCUUUGCCACAGUCACACGGUUGGCAUUUAAUGCUGCUGCCCUCCAGACGUUCCUGCCGAUUCAAGGUGACCAACGAAGAAGAGAGCUUCAGGAUUGAGAUGUUGUUCGGGGUGCGCAGAGGUGACUCGGACAUCUUUGUGAGCAGCCAGCCUAGAGAGGCCCACACCCCAAGCACAACCUGGCCUGAGACUUACGCUGUGGCAGAGACCCAGUUCUUCGAGCACAUUGCCAGGCAGGCCCCCCCCGACAGUUUGCACCUCAAAUGCCUGCAGUUCUUUGCCCGUCUUCUGCUGGGCUUCUGCUUUUCCACCUACGCCAUGAAGACCAUUGUCAUGUACCUGCUCAGUGCCAUACCCGUGUCAUCGUGGCGCAGGAGACAUUUCCUGGACCGACUGCUGGAUAUCAGAGAUAGCCUGUCUUUAUGUGUGAGAGCAAAACGCCUCAACCACUUCAUUGUGGGUAACCAGAGGCUUCCUCGCUACAUCAAGGUACCCCCAGACGUUCAAGAGGCUACGACGUACAAUCUCUUCCAUCGCCUGGCGCAGGACUCGGACGUGCCCAGCCAGGCCAUGCAUGAGUUCGAGGUUCUGCAAAAGUGGUUCGAAAGCAUCGUUCUCGAUGAACAUUGA